AUGGAGAGAACUGGUGGGGCAACUCAACUCUCUGCGUGUAAAUGUAAAUGUUGUCGCGAUUUGUAUUCAUUUGUUGAGUUGCAAAAGCCAAAAGGUGGAAUAUAUAUGCAAGAUUUGAAUAUCUUUCAGUUGUUGCACAUGGUCUUGGUAGAUGUUCAGUGCAAAGGUUUAAAGGUGCCCUUUGAUUCGCAGGAUUCGCAAGAGAAUUUUUAG